AUGCUUAUUAAGGUGGUCUCGUUGCUAGCUGCCCUUUAUUUGCGCGCAGCGUACGUUAUCGACGUAGAUGAAGAUUUUCCUCCUACGACUUCGCCUGAAGGCGACCAGGACAGCAGUCACCCCGCGGUGCUCACCGAGUGCAACUCCAGCAAAUCUGAUGAAGACAGUAACAACACACAUGCCAGUGGGGACUUGACGGGGAUACCAGAAGGAUGCUUUAAGGAGUCAGAUCAGAGCAGUGAAGACGGGGGGGAGGUGCCCUCCGCCACGACCCCCGCAAGGUAUGGCCAGGAAAGCUGCCAGGAAAGCAGUCAGGGAAAAUUCCAGGAAAACUGCCAUGAAAACAGCCAGGGAAAGUGUCAGGAUAGCUGUCAGGACAGCUUCCAACCCACCGUAACGUUGAGCAGUUCCGUGGGUGUGCCUCCCGACCCACAGGAAUGCACCAAAAAAAUGUUAAGAGGAGAAAAAAACUCGUGCAAAAACAACUUAAACGAAAAUGUAACAACAGCAUCAAUCGAUAAACCAGUCCCCAACAAAAAUAACUUCCGCCAGGACUUCCUGAAUUUUUACCACACCUUGAUAGGUAAAGGCUUUAACAGAUCCAAGGCGGACCAGAAGGAAGCAGAGGACAAGUUCUAUGGAAGGGGAGAAAAGGAAUGCAAAGAAAAAGAUAAACAUGAUCCCAAGGUAAAGUCGACUUUGCCUGAUGACUGCUUCGUAAAAGAUAAAGAGAUUUCUCAAAACCCAUUAAGUGUUGCGAAGGAAGAAAGUAGGUUUCCAAAUGAAGUUACUGAAUCGGAGGAGGAAUAUGACAAGACGACGUGGGGGAUGGAGAAACAUCACCUGAUCAUGCGAAACGGCGGCAGCAUCAGCCUUUUAGGCGGCCUGGACGGUCUGGACAGCAUCAACAGUGUUAGAAACUUCGACGGUGUUAACACUAUGAGCACCACGGACAGCGUGAGCGGUGUAAGCAGAGACGUCAGUGGGCCGAGCGCCAAAAGCGGAAGCAGUAGUAGUAGCGACGGAAAAAGCGGCGGAGGUAGCAAUGGAAGUAGCAGCCCCAACGUCGACAGUAGCAUCCUAAACGUGGACGACAGCGGCGUGAACCUUGGAGGAGGCAGCCCCAGCAUGGGUAGCUCCCUAAGCCUAGACAGCAUCACCCCCAACAUGGGUAGCUCCCUGAGUCUGGACAGCAUUAGCCCCAGUAUUGGUAUCACCCUGAGCCUGGAUAGCAGCACAUCCAGCAUCGGUAGCACCAUGAGUGUGGGCAACAUCAGUACGAGUAGCUCGGACAGCGGGAGUAGGACGUACCACGACAAAAUGCUGACUCAUCUAUUUAGCUUGGCCAUUCUCUUCUACAGCAACAAGACCUACUUCGAAGAAAUGGCCAAGAAACUACCCGAAAAUUACUACCUCAGCUACAAAGAAUUGCAGCAAAACAUGAACCGAAAAUAUGAAAAUAACUUCACCGAGAUCUAUGAAGAUUUUUAUGCACUUGAAAAAAAAAAAAAUCCAAUUGAGGAAAAAGGAAUUGAGAAAUAUUACUACGCCUUUAACCGUUUGGUCUACACGUUGCUCUUGUUCCUUUAUGGAAUUCUACAGAAGGAGGAUGCUCUACAUCUAAGCUUUGAAUCAUUACCUCUAGAAUAUCGAUUGCGAAGGCAGGAACUAAUGGAGGCGAUUACCAAAUCAACUCCAAGUGAUAUGAAUGAUAUUUAUUUUACAACGUAUAAGUUUUUCGACUCCAUGUGUACCUGUCUGGAUUUAUCUUCCUGUUUUAAUUUCAACUAUCUUGGCAAGAAGAUAUUUAACAAUCUGGACCAAAAGGGAAACCCCCAAAGAAAAAUCACUUUGGAAGUGAAAAAAAUAAAUGAAUACAUGACGAACAUACACAGCGAUAUAGUCGAGUACAUAACGGAUUUAAAUUCCUAUUUCAAAGAAUUUGUUGAUUAUGCCACUCGGGAAAAUCUCUUUUGCGAACCUGUUUCCUAUUGCUACUCUCUCUUUUUGGACUACUACCUAUCGACGAUGGACCAACUAAUGGAUCAUCUGAACAUUCAUUUGAGAUACCCUGUAAACAAAGAAUCACAAGAAAAUCUCAGCCAUAUAUACAAAGAAAUUAAAACGCAUACAGAUAAUUUGGGGUGCACUAUGCGAUCUUUUUACUUUAAGAAUAGUAUUAAAUCCGACCCUGAGUUGUCCAUCAGUUCUUUUUUCACAGAUUCUAAGUUUAGGUUUCUCCUUGCAGAUAAGUACGUCAGCAAGAAGUACUCCGAUUUUAUCGCCCUCAUGUUAAGCAUCAUUGAUUACCUCCGUGUCCUCGUCGCUUCCCUCACUUCCCUUGUCACUCUGCAAACGGUGCACGCCCUUCUGCUGGACACCGAAAAUGAGAACAUCAAAUACGUCGACGCCAUGAAGGCUCUGAGGUACCUCACCAAGUACCUCUCGGACAAAAACUCCAUUUUCGCCGCCCCCGGAAGGAGAAGUACUAGCGGGCAGAAGCACGAAGAGAAAGGAACAGAAGAGGAAGGGAAGAAAAAAGAAGGGAAGGGAAAAGAAGAGAAGGGAAAAGAAGAGAAGGGAAGAGAAAACAAGACAAAGGAAGCAAAACUAAACCAAACCAAACUGAAGCCAACUGAACCAAUCUAA